AUGUCGUACAACUACGUGGUAACGGCACAGAAGCCCACCGCCGUGAACGGCUGCGUGACCGGACACUUUACAUCAGCCGAAGACCUGAACCUGUUGAUUGCCAAAAACACGAGAUUAGAGAUCUAUGUGGUCACUGCUGAGGGGCUUCGGCCCGUCAAAGAGGUGGGCAUGUAUGGGAAGAUUGCUGUCAUGGAGCUUUUCAGGCCCAAGGGGGAGAGCAAGGACCUCCUGUUUAUCCUGACAGCUAAGUACAAUGCCUGCAUCCUGGAGUACAAGCAGAGCGGCGAGAGCAUUGAUAUCAUAACACGAGCCCAUGGCAAUGUCCAGGACCGUAUUGGCCGCCCCUCAGAGACUGGCAUCAUUGGCAUUAUUGACCCCGAGUGCCGCAUGAUCGGCCUGCGACUCUAUGAUGGCCUUUUCAAGGUUAUUCCGCUAGACCGGGACAAUAAAGAGCUCAAGGCCUUUAACAUUCGCCUCGAGGAGUUGCAUGUCAUCGACGUCAAGUUCUUAUAUGGUUGCCAAGCACCUACCAUCUGCUUUGUCUACCAGGACCCUCAGGGGCGGCAUGUGAAAACCUAUGAGGUGUCUCUCCGAGAGAAGGAGUUCAAUAAGGGCCCUUGGAAACAGGAAAACGUAGAAGCUGAGGCUUCCAUGGUGAUUGCAGUCCCAGAGCCCUUUGGAGGGGCCAUCAUCAUUGGACAGGAGUCGAUCACCUAUCACAACGGUGACAAAUACCUGGCGAUUGCCCCUCCUAUCAUCAAGCAAAGCACGAUCGUGUGUCACAAUCGUGUGGACCCCAAUGGUUCCCGCUAUCUGCUGGGAGACAUGGAAGGACGGCUCUUUAUGCUGCUCUUGGAGAAGGAGGAGCAGAUGGACGGCACCGUCACCCUCAAAGAUCUCCGCGUGGAGCUCCUUGGAGAGACCUCUAUCGCCGAAUGUUUGACAUACCUCGAUAAUGGUGUUGUGUUCGUUGGGUCUCGCCUCGGUGACUCCCAGCUUGUGAAGCUCAAUGUUGACAGCAACGAACAAGGCUCCUAUGUAGUGGCCAUGGAAACCUUUACUAAUUUGGGACCCAUUGUGGACAUGUGCGUGGUGGACCUGGAGAGACAGGGGCAGGGACAGCUGGUUACUUGCUCUGGGGCUUUCAAGGAAGGUUCCUUGCGGAUCAUCCGAAAUGGAAUUGGAAUCCACGAGCAUGCCAGCAUUGACUUACCAGGCAUCAAAGGUCUGUGGCCGCUGCGGUCUGAUCCUAACCGGGAGACUGAUGACACUCUGGUGCUCUCUUUUGUGGGCCAGACAAGAGUUCUCAUGUUGAACGGAGAGGAGGUGGAGGAAACCGAACUGAUGGGUUUCGUGGAUGAUCAGCAGACUUUCUUCUGUGGCAACGUGGCUCAUCAGCAACUUAUCCAGAUCACAUCAGCAUCUGUGAGGUUGGUCUCUCAAGAACCCAAAGCUCUGGUCAGUGAGUGGAAGGAGCCUCAGGGCAAGAACAUCAGCGUGGCCUCCUGCAACAGCAGCCAGGUGGUGGUGGCCGUGGGAAGGGCCCUCUACUACCUGCAGAUCCACCCUCAGGAGCUCCGGCAGAUCAGCCACACAGAGAUGGAACACGAAGUGGCCUGCUUGGACAUCACCCCACUGGGGGACAGCAACGGGCUGUCCCCUCUUUGUGCCAUUGGCCUGUGGACAGACAUCUCUGCACGUAUCUUGAAGCUGCCCUCUUUUGAGCUACUGCACAAAGAGAUGCUGGGUGGAGAGAUCAUUCCUCGUUCCAUCCUGAUGACCACUUUUGAGAGCAGCCACUACCUCCUUUGUGCCUUGGGAGACGGGGCACUUUUCUACUUCGGGCUCAACAUUGAGACGGGCCUGUUGAGCGAUCGGAAGAAGGUGACUCUGGGCACCCAGCCCACGGUAUUGAGGACUUUCCGUUCUCUCUCUACCACCAACGUCUUUGCUUGCUCUGACCGCCCCACUGUCAUCUACAGCAGCAACCACAAAUUGGUCUUCUCCAAUGUCAACCUCAAGGAAGUCAACUACAUGUGUCCCCUCAACUCUGAUGGCUAUCCUGACAGCCUGGCACUGGCCAACAAUAGCACCCUCACCAUUGGCACCAUCGACGAGAUCCAGAAGCUGCACAUUCGCACGGUCCCCCUCUACGAGUCCCCCAGGAAGAUCUGCUAUCAGGAAGUGUCCCAGUGCUUCGGGGUCCUUUCUAGCCGGAUUGAAGUCCAGGACACGAGUGGGGGCACCACGGCUCUGAGGCCCAGUGCCAGCACCCAGGCCCUGUCCAGCAGCGUCAGCUCCAGCAAGCUGUUCUCCAGCAGCACAGCGCCUCACGAGACCUCCUUUGGAGAAGAGGUGGAGGUGCACAACCUCCUCAUCAUCGACCAGCACACCUUCGAAGUGCUUCAUGCCCACCAGUUUCUGCAGAACGAGUAUGCCCUCAGCCUGGUCUCCUGCAAGCUGGGCAAAGACCCCAACACGUACUUCAUCGUGGGCACGGCCAUGGUGUAUCCCGAAGAGGCGGAGCCCAAGCAGGGUCGGAUCGUGGUCUUUCAGUAUUCCGACGGAAAACUACAGACUGUGGCUGAGAAGGAAGUGAAAGGGGCCGUGUACUCCAUGGUGGAAUUCAACGGGAAGCUGUUAGCCAGCAUCAAUAGCACGGUGCGGCUUUAUGAGUGGACAACAGAGAAGGAGCUUCGCACCGAGUGCAAUCACUACAACAACAUCAUGGCCCUCUACCUGAAGACCAAGGGCGACUUCAUCCUGGUGGGCGACCUGAUGCGCUCAGUGCUGCUGCUUGCCUACAAGCCCAUGGAGGGGAACUUUGAAGAGAUUGCUCGAGACUUCAAUCCUAACUGGAUGAGUGCUGUCGAAAUCUUGGAUGACGACAAUUUCCUGGGGGCUGAAAAUGCUUUUAACUUGUUUGUGUGUCAGAAGGAUAGCGCUGCCACUACCGAUGAGGAGCGCCAGCACCUCCAGGAGGUCGGUCUCUUCCACCUGGGCGAGUUCGUCAACGUCUUCUGCCACGGCUCUCUGGUCAUGCAGAACCUGGGCGAGACUUCCACGCCCACACAGGGCUCUGUGCUCUUCGGCACAGUCAACGGCAUGAUUGGGCUGGUGACCUCGCUGUCCGAGAGCUGGUACAACCUGCUGUUGGACAUGCAGAAUCGACUCAAUAAAGUCAUCAAAAGUGUGGGCAAGAUCGAGCACUCUUUCUGGAGAUCCUUUCAUACUGAGCGAAAGACAGAACCGGCCACAGGCUUCAUUGAUGGAGACUUGAUUGAGAGUUUCCUAGACAUCAGCCGGCCCAAGAUGCAGGAGGUCGUGGCAAACCUACAGUACGAUGAUGGCAGCGGAAUGAAGCGAGAGGCCACCGCCGACGACCUGAUCAAGGUUGUGGAGGAGCUGACGCGGAUCCAUUAG